UUCCGGGAACAAAACAGACCAAAACAAACAGAGCGAGUGUGCGGGCUUACGGAGCUUCUUAAUAAUCUGGUGUUCUGUUUAAGUGAGUGUCAUAUAUUGUUUUUUUUGGAAAUAUGUGUGUUAUCUAAAAACAAGGUGAGCAGCGACGUUACAAUAGAUAAUUAAUCUAUUGGAUAAACAAGAUAAAUCCUGCACAACAACUGAGUGUUCACAUGACAACGUCAUAUUUCAGGUGUUUUUUUAGGAGUUCAAUGCAUUAGACGUUAUUUUAGCUAGCAAGGAAUGUCUGUAUCAUUAAGUAGAUAUUGGACAGAAGAGAAUUGCUCUUGAUGAUGCAGUUUGUUGUUGAAGGUGCUUGAUUAUUUCACAUGGAUGUCAUAAAACUGAACUAAAUUGGCCUGAACUGGACUGAAGAGAUCUGUGUAAAUAUGGCUGAAGCAGUGAGACCAAAGAAAUCAAGAGCGAAAUCAUCUGUCAAGUCACAGGAUAAAAAGCAGACUCUGAGGAAAUCACCAGAACCUGUGAUAUCAAACCCGCCUGCAUCUGAAUUCACAGACGUUCCUCUCAGUCUUCCCCCUGAGCCGCCCGUUUCUGCUCACGAUCCUCUGCAGGACGCACGACCCUCGGCUGACCAAAAUGAAAAACAUGAGACAGAGCAAGACAAAGGUUAUUUGUUCGAUACAUCCUCUAGCGCUGCAUCCAUACCAUCAUCACAAGACCCUACGAUUGAAGUGGGCCAGAGUUCUGCGUCAUCCCAGCCGAGCCGGUGCGAUCCGAUAACCGUUAGCGCUACAAUCGAGCCGUUUGAAGUGCCCUCUCUUUAUCCGUCACUCCCUGUUUCAGCUGUGGAUCCUCAGUUCUUGAUAGACAUGUCGUCUAUUGCUACUGAUCUAUCCCAGACAUCUUUUAUGCCUUUACCGGUUGAAGGUGCAAGCACAAACACACACACCGUCGAGCAAAUCAGUCCAGCUCCAGCCAUUCUUACUCUGGCUGAUCAGGAGUCCUCACCUCCCAGCCUGGUUCCAGUAGAGCUUGACAAAGUUGAGAAACCCCAAGAAAGGUUGUAUCCGGAGCUGCCUCGGACAUGCCAGGUGGUCCAGCCGUUCACCAGCGAGCAGCUCAGGAUGUGGGAGCCAGGAUCCUGGCUGGAGAACGUUGAGCUUCAUGCUUCAGAGUUCCAGGCCUUAGUUUAUCAGGAAGGCCACGAGCUGCAUGAGCUGUUGCUGAAUUACUGGAGAUGUCGCAAGCAGCUGGUGCAGGCGCAGACUGAGCUGCAGGCGACCAUUUCAGACUGCAAGAGCGCACAGAACCGACUGUGGAGCUUCAAGGAUGAACAGCUCACGCUGCAGGGUGUGUGCGCUGACCAGGCCAAGGUGAGCGGCUACCAUCGCUUCCAGCAGGUGGUCCUGAACGAGGCGGUGGUAGUCGACUUGAAGCAUCUGUUUAAGACCAAGGCAGAGCUGCUCCACCAGACCAUAGCCCUCCACUCCUACACCUCCGUCCUGUCUCGGCUGCAGGUCGAGUCUUAUCUCUACAACCUGCUCAACGCCAAUCCCAUCACCAGGAGCGUGGCUGUGCACAAGACUGACUCGGACGGUCCAAAGUCACAGCCAUCUUCCUUAACGCCGUUAAAGGAAAGCAUCAGCGUGCUGUUCAGCUUCACCCGUCGGGUCCUAGACGACUCUCAGUUCCAGGAAGACAUUCAUCUGUGGUUGCAGAGAUUGGUGUGUGUUCUUCAUCGAGUGGGCUCAGCAGGAGACCAUCUGUACAUCCUUAACCAUCUGCUGUGCUGUCCUGCAGGAAUCAGGAAAUGGGCAGUGCCCUUUCUACAGAUUAAAGUGCUGGAUAAUCCCUCUGGAGUUUAUCACUUUAUGCAGGCACUGGCAACUCUGAUGUCUCCAGUAAGGGACCGAGCUGAUCUGAUGUGUCAUAUGAAGCCCAGUGAUGUAAAAAGUAACAACAGCUACUCAGGACCUCCAACCAGUAUUUGGACCCUUGUAGAUGAAGGUGGAGAAGAGGAUGAAGACCCGGAGACGAGCUGGCUGCUGUUAUCAGAGGAUGACCUUAUUACUCUUCUCUCUCAGUUUCCAUUUGAUGAACUUUUUAAACACCUACUGGGAAUGUCAUCAAAAGGCAAUUACCAACCCCAGGCCACCACAAGUCAGAAAAUGAUGAAGAUAUUUGCUUUUGCCUCUUCGCUUGUUGAACUGCUGGCUGUUGGUUUGCAGACCUACAACCGAGCCUGUUACAGACAGUUUGUGAAGAGGAUUGGUCACAUGAUCAGGAUGACCCUGUGCUACGUGAGCGAUCACUGGGCGCAGUACAUCAGUUUAACUGGAGUGAGCAGAACCACCAUGCAGGAACAGUCCUUCUCCAUGGAGAAACUGCAGGUGGAGUUUGACCAUCUCUUUCUGCGUGCAGUCUUGCAUGUCCUCAAGGCUAAAAGACUUGGUAUCUGGCUCUUUAUGUCGGAGAUGCCUUACGGAACUCUAUCGAGCUCAAUGCUGUGGAAGAUCUUCUACAUCAUGCAAUGUGCCGAGAUGGACGGCUUGGAUAAACUGGGCUGCAGUCUGAGCGUAGAGAACUGCAUCCAGAGCCUCCAAGACCCAGGUCACCAGGAGAAGUUUGAGGCCUGGUUGUCAGAGAUAAAUAGUUCAGAUGGAAUUUGCUUGCUGACAGCGUUUGCUCACAUGGCUCAACCUAAACGCACUGACGCAGACCCUCAGUUUGUCAGGACCAUCGUGCUGGAGAUCUACAAGGUGUCUUAUGUCAGUGUGUCCACACGCGAGAUCUUCUCUAAAGUGGGGAGAGAGUUGCUAGCUGCUAUAGCCACAGCUCACCCAGACGUCAUUUCCAUUCUGCUCGAGAGGCUGAAGGAGACGAUUGACAAAGUCGGCAUGGUGUCCUUAUACCUGUUUAAGGAGCUUCCGCUGCACUUGUGGAGCCCCAAUGAAGACGAGGUUGGAGCCAUUAGGGGUUGGCUGCUGGAUUACAGCCUCUCUGCGGUGGAGAAUAAACUGGCCUGCAUUAUCCUGGAGGGUCUUAACUGGGGAUUCCAGCCUAAUGGUUGCCUUGCCCUGCCUGCUGCAUUACACAGUGAAGUGGCACUGCUGGCGGUGGAGGCUUACCAGAAGUACCUCACAGAUAAACCGUAUGCUGGCAUCAUCUCAGAAGGUCUCAAACAGAUGUCAUAUUUAGCCAAUAUAAUGCGUCUGGGCCAGACUCCAGAGACAUCCUUUAACCAGUGGGCAUGGGACUUGGCACUACGGCUUAAACUCCACACAAGUGAAAGGAAUCCCCAUGGUGCCUGGUGUCCACUGCCUUCCUCUGAUGUACCUACUGUACCAGAGGUCACGGAUUCGCCCACAAUGCACCCGGUGCUUAAAGCCGUCAAAGCCGGGAUCCCCAUUGGCUGUUUCCUGGCACUGGACAUGAGCACCCUUGGGCACAGUUUAGAGAAGUUUUGCAGUGAAGGCAUUCCCUUGCUGAAGACCUUGGUUCAGUCUCGCCACCUCAAAGCUGCGAUUCACGUACUGGAAAACAUUCUACCCAUGGCUUAUCACUGCCCCUUCUACCUCCUCAAGAAUGAACAAUUCCUGAACUGUGUCCAGCUGUUUUUGCAGCUUGACAGUGGGACACCCCAGGGCGUGACCCAACAGGUGACGCUCAAGGUGGCCCAGCGUCUCAUUGGCGCCUCCAGUUGUGAGAACAUCAAGCUUCUUAAUAGCGUAAUCCAGGCUCACAUCCUGGAAAGCUCCAAGGGGGACAGGGUGGGAGCCGUUGCUGUCCUGGAAUUCUGGCUGCAGGUUCUGACUAAGCAGAACCUCUGGCACAGAGACAAAACUGUUCUGUACCUCCUGGACCAUCUGUGCCGUGCUGCUUUCCUCCACCAGCAGGAGGAAUGUCUCCAAAAACUACUUUACCAGCAGCAUAAGAAUGCUCUAGGUUUCCACGGCGAUAAAGGUCUUUUGUCAUCUCUAAUGGGUUGGAUCAUGGCAGGAAACAUCACUCCUUCCUUUAUCGAGGGCAACGCUCUGACUGAUGAGGUGUGGUUUGCUUGGGUGGUUUUAAACAUGGAGACCAUCUUUGAGGAAGACUCUCAGCUACGACGCUGUGUGGAGCAUGAGCUUGUAUCCAACCCCGCUCUCACCCCGGACCAAGCGCUCAAGAAGGCUCAGCUGCGCCUGAAGCUGCAUGUGGUGCCUUGCCUGCAGAGGCUCAUGGUCUAUCGUUGGGCUCAGCAGGCCCUCGUUACAUCAGCAGAUCACCCGCUUCUACCCCUCAUCUGGCAGAAAUUUCUACACCUCUACCUCCGCCAGCCUGGCCCAGAGUUCGGACUGGAAGCUAAAGGUUGUAUUGGAAAGCGCUAUUUCCACGGCGCAGCUCACGUCACUCUGCUAAAGGAGCUCAAGCAGCGGCUGGUGGAGGUGUGUGACUUUCACCAUGCAGCUGGUAAGGCCCUGAAAGUACAGAGUCCACUUAGUGACGCGCACACUGACGGAGAGGCUAUGCCAGGAACACCUGUAUUUCAGUCCAUGACUUCGCCUGAGCUGCAUGUCGAACUGGUUAGGCUUUUCAGUGCCUUUGCACUCUGGAUGGAUGAUGAAAGCAUACAGAAGCAGGAACUGAACUUGCCCUCACUGCCAAAACAGUAUGAUGCCCAUCGGCUAGCUACAAUCAUGCAGGGCCAACAGGAGCCAUGGAUGGAGUAUAUGGACAUUGAGCGAAUUCAGCAUGAGUUGAACGAAGUUCUUAACCUGUGGAUAAAAGUCAAAAGUGAGCCUUCUUUCUCGCAGAGGAGCAGCAGCUCCAUCUUCACUGACUUCAUCAAUCCUCAGGCUGCUCGAGAGCGUAUCCUCACUAACCUCAAGAAACAUGAUGCCCCCCAGUGUGCAUCAUUCUUAGUUCCUAUGAAGGCCCCAGUGCCUGAUAUCUCUACUGGCAGCCUGUCUGAUGUGCACACAUCUACUGUUCUCAUCCAGGAAGACCUCACCAAGCUACAGCACCAGGCCAAGUUAGCAGCAAUGCGUGAGACGCAGCAGGUGGCGCUAGACAAUGAGCUUCUAGAGGUUUUGCCUCAACUCUAUACCAACCGCGAGGAGCAGCUCGUCAUGCAGCUGGAGUGCACUGGUAAAGGAGGGCAACCAUGCCAGGGCCCUGCACAUAUAACUGUUAAGUACGCAGGCAUGCACAAGGUAGAACCAGUGCAGAAUCAGAUCCAAUCCCUGAAAAGUGACAUUAAGCAGCUUCAGACCGACACUGUCAAGCCUCUUCCCCAGAGCCUAGCCGAGGCCGCGGUGCACACUGAGAACUUCAUAACGACCCUAGUUAAUGCGUACAAGUUACACCCAUCCCCCGCCAUGCAGAAAGUGGGCAUCGCCUCCUUCUAUCAGAUUGUGUCUUUGAUUUGUGAGGACACACAGAGACACCCGCCCACACGGCAGUUUUUCACUUCCUGUAUAGAGAUCUUGGGGCAGGUUUUCAUUCAUGACGUUCGAGCAGAGUGCAAGCGCAUGCUGAAGACCAUUCUGCAAAACAGACGUCUGUGUAACCUACUGUCUCCCUAUUUCACUCCCAACGCCUCACCGUCUGAGCUGGUCUCUCUGUAUGAAGAGGUGGUGACGGCUCUGCACGCUGACAGUGGGGAUGUCAUCUUCAUGCUCCUCACCAAGUUUGAUUUGGUACAAUGGCUCUCUGCCAGUCAGCCGCCAUUCCCUGAUCGCAGUCGUUUGAUGGAACUCAUUCAUUUGGCGCUCACGGCUUGUGGCCUAGAGCCUGAGCCUGAGGUCCUCAUGCCCUUUAACCUUUUCUGUAAGCACUGGACGGAACUUCUGGUCUACCAGUUUCCUGACCACUACAGCGACUUCCUCAGACUUUUCACACAGAGUAGCUCAGAACAACUUCUCAGCGCUGACUGCUGGAGGGCUUCCCUGAAAGUGCUCGGUUGUUCUGCCAAUCGCAAAAAUAAACCGUCCAAGACGUCCUCCACACAUUCGGUCUCUCUUUCCCCUCAACAGGUCAACGAAACAAUCGAAUGGCUCUCAAAAUACUUUCUCAAGCUCCGUCUGUCCAAAGGAGACAUUCGCAGUUUCGGUCUCCUCUCCAAAUGGAGGCCAUAUAUUGAGGAGGUCAGGAUGUUCUGGGAGUAUCUGAUCAAUUACCUUAUUGAUCUAGAGCUGAACAACUGUAGCAAGGAGCCUGUGGGGAGUGAAGGACUGGUCAAAGCUCUUGGGGAAAUCUAUACGAGAAUGACUAAACUGUUUAGCCCCUGGAUGUUGGUUCUCGACACAGAUGAUGCGAGCAACCCUCGCUGUUCUCCCUGGCUUGAAUCAGAUACGGCAGUAGCUGUCAGUCUGGUCAGUUUAUACACAAAACUAACUGGCACCUUGCAUGAAAAAUUCAAAGAUCGCCUGUUGCCAGGACAAAAAGGUGCCCUGUGGCUUCAUCUCAUGCACUACUGCAAGACCUGCACCUCUCCAAAAAUGCCAGAAUAUCUUCUGUAUAAUUAUCACACAGAGUACAGCCAACUCCCCUGGAAAGAUCUUCAUCCAGACCAGACCCUCAUGAACCAAUUCUUUAAUGUGGAAAGAGGAAGUCCGAAGAGCUGUUUCCUGUUCAUGGGUGAGGUUCUUUGUAAAGUCAACUGGAUCAGCGCGUUAAGUGACGCCAUGAGCCCACAGCCUAGCGCCAGUGCCCACAUGAUGGUGGUCUGUCUUCUUCACCUGAUGGUUUACUUAGCCAAAGAGGACCAUCUUAUUAGCAAACCUGAUUCCCCUCUUCUAAGUCUUCUUGGCCAGUCCACGUCUCUACCCUGGCACCUAGUAGACGUCUCCUCGUAUGAUAGUGUCACACGCUAUGUAAGCACACACUACCAAGCUUCUCUAAUUCUCAGCCAAGAGACGUCUUCUCAAUUAGUAGUCAAACUCCUGAAGAUGGUUGCUGGCUUCGGCUUCACCUUAGAAGGAUGGCAUCACAAGGACAUGACCUCAAAGUGCCAAACAUUCCUCCGUCUGAUGGUGCAGUUUCUCACUUUGCUGGAUCAGAAUGGUAACAUCAGUUUGCCCUCACUAGAAACAGAGAUGGAGAAACUUUUGGAGUGCAUUGUUGUUUUCAACCCACCUGAAACAGACCUUCAGCAGAGACACAUGGCGACCUGCAGUCUGUUCGCUGAGAUGUUGACUCUGCUGAAUGGCGCGAGUGUGUCAACAGCGGAGCAGCUCGGCACUAAGCUUCAUUCCUGGAUAGAGAAAAGGGCUCGAAGUCCCCUGGUGUUGCCUUUACUCACUGCUUCCUGCAGAUACCUAGCCUCUGUACGCCAUAUGACUCGCACCACUGAGGCUUGCAUAAUGUCCUACUUCACUGAUGGUGGCUGUGUGGAUCAGUUCUCUGGCUGGGGGCCUAUUCUGGUUUCUCUCCAGGUUCCUGAACUCACCGUGGAGGACUUUAUUCAAGAGAGUCUUGCUCUCGGGAGCUACCUCACACUCUACGUCUACAUCCUUCAAAAGCUCAACUUGGAGCAGACUCUGCUUAAUGAGAAGAAGACCUUGAUGCUGCUUAACUCCUGGAUCAAUCAAGUUUUUCCUAAUGGUCCAGCGGACGAAGCCAAGGUGUUUCUGUGGUGGCACAAAGCCUUGCAGCUCCUAAAGGUUCAGGUGGAACUGGGCGACCCGUGCGGCCUGGACACUCUGGUGCGCGCUCUGAUGUCCUUUCAGAACCACCUGGCUGAGCUGGGAGAGGAGCGGCUCAACUCUGGCAUCUUGGGCGCCAUUGGUCUCGGGCGCAAGUCACCACUCUCCAACAGAUUUCGGGUUGCUGCUCGAAGCAUGUCAGCGUUCCUCCUGGUGCAGGUGCCUUCAGAAAGCCAGUUACGAAUCCACGCAGGAACAGAGCUACAGCUCUCCCUGAAGGCCCAACAGGCUUUGACCUUGCUGGAGGCCAUGUCAAGUAAUAAGCAGUAUUCAGACCUGCAGCAAACCUUAAGCCAAGCCUGUCAGUUCAUUAAGUACCCGGGUCACUGCCUCCAUGACAGCAACCGUCUUUUAUCCCUGCUCAUCAACUCGCUGUACCCGGAUCUUCAUUACCUGGACAUCAUGCGCUAAGCAAGGCCUGAAUCACAGACUUGUCAGCAAAGACGCUACACCAGUUGUGUUACAAGGCACUGGAGAAUGAGCACAACAGACUGAAAUUAAGUAAUUUGUGCUUUUAUGGGGUUUUUACCUGAAAACAUUGUCUGGAACAAAGAUUUUGGGUUUGUAUGGAAUGCAGUGCCAAAGAGAAGCUUUGAAAGUCAAGGUAAUCCAGAUGUGUAUAAUGGUGUUUCACACAUCCUUUUUCCCCCCGCCUUUCUCUGAUGCUGUAGUUAUGUAUAUGCAUCAUGAUUUUUGAUUUUGCUUGCCGGUCAUUUUCUUUAGAUGGUGAUUUUGCAUUGUUUAUUAGUGCCAUCUUGCCAGUCUUUUUUUUUUUUUUAAUCAGACAACAUCAAAACAGUUCUCAAGCUUUAUCUGAAUGAUCCUUAUGAUGAAGCAAAACUAUAACCAGACAUGUUCUACAAGACACCAUCAGUAUUUAGUACAGCCAUUUUCCUGCAGUCAAAAGGAAAAGUUGGCUAAAGUUUAGAAAGUAAAUGCGCAUGAUUUUCUGUCAGUCAGAAGUGUGAGUUACAUUUCACAGUAGCGUGUUAUACGACUGGAAUUAUAGUGUGUGAAAUUGCCUACUCAUGUUCGAAUCAAUGUCUAAUGCUGUGAUUUACAGGCCAAAUAAAUGCAAAAAGGCCUAGUGGCAAUUCCAAAACUGGAAACAUAAUAUAUUAAACUACAGGUCCAUGAAACACAGCUUUCAGAAUGUGUUAAAUAAUCAGCUUUAGUGUGAGAUAUUUGUGCAGUUGUCAAAUCGUUUUUCUAGAUUUAUACUCGCUCAGGUUUAUUAGGCGUCUCGAUGAAGUCAGUGGUUGAAAUAAAAGCUUGAAACACCUACAGUACCAGAUCAACAACUUACCACUUAACAUGUCUGUUCCAUGUAUAGAUUUAACCUCGCUAUCAUUAUCAAUGUCGCAUAAAACCGUAGUACAACCCUGUAGUACACCUUUUUCACAAGUAGGUACAGUAAUUUAACAUUCAGGACUGAUUCAUGUGAACAUGUUAAGAGAAGCCUGUAAGAAUAUAAGAAGGUCUAAAAUAAUAUAUCCUCUAUUCCUUCACUUGAACGUACUUGUUUCAACCAUGUGAUUAUUUUAGUAUGCACUUUAAAGACAGUCUGUCUUGGGAAUCAUUGCAUGUUUGCUGAAUGCAGUCAGAAGUUCAUUAAGGUGUCAUGGACUUUUAGUAAUUUGUGUUUUUUUUGUUUGUUUGUUUUUGUUUAGUUAAAAAAACAUAUUUAAAAUAUUCAUAAUUGGAAUUUGGAGAUGGGUUAUAUUUUUCCUGAAGCACUUUUACAUUUAAUAUGUUCCACCUGCUUGAGAGAAAAAAACUAAUUUCAAUACGGAGACUGUGUAACUGAAGUGAUGGAAAAGGUCUUUUAUGCUUUUCAAUUCACACAAAACCCAGAAUACCGCAGAGUCCUUGAGAGAGUAAAAAGUAUGCCUGAUGUAUUAAUCAGAAGACCUCCUAUUAAGGUCCUGUUUUUACAGUAAGCUCAAGAUUCGACAUUCUGACAUUACGUUUAGGAAAAUUUGUUCUGUUGAAGUAAAGGUGCACAUUUUUUAAUGGGUUACAAUGGAGUUCUAUUUAAAUGUUAGAGUUUUAGAUAAAUAUGUUUUGAUUGAAGGGAACCUUGAGAUAGAAAUGUGUUCCAGAGACACAUUGAAAAUAACAAGAUUGUAAAAGAACGUAGUGUUUUUCCGCAGGUCCAUUGCAAUCCUGCUGAAGGGCCGGAACUGUAUAUGUAACCCUUGUUUGAAGAAAAGUAGUGAUAUUAAAGUUACAAAGACCUUUUGAGUGUGAACACUCAAAAUUGGAUUAAGUCAGUUUAAUUUAUAGUUCAUUAUCAAGGAAGGAAUGAGUAAAUGAAAAAAACAAAACAGAAAUGUCGUAUCUAUGUCGACAAAUUAGAUUAUCAUGAAAAGUUAAUUUUCUUUUUUAAUUUAAUUCAGAAAACUCAUACAUAUUUGAUUCAUUAAAUGUAAAGUGAAAUAUUUCAAGCCUUUUUAAUUUCAGUGAUAACGGCUUAUAGCUCAUGAAAAUCAAAAAUUCAGUAUCUUGCAAUAUUUUCAAAAAAUAAGUAAAAAAGAUUUAUAAUGCAGAAAUUCAGAAAAUUAAUAAUAAUGUAUGCAUGCAAUACGUGGUCACGGUCUGUUCAACACGAAUUACAGCAUGGCAAGGAGGCGAUCAACCUGAGACAUUAUUGAAGACCAGGUUGCUUUGAUAAAAGCUUUCAACUCGUCCAUAUUGUUGGAUUGGAUGUUUCGCAUCUCCUUCUUGACAAUAGUCCAUAAAGUAUCUGGUCAGGUGUGUUGGCUGGCCAAUCAAGCACAGUAAUUGUCAGCAUACCAGUUAGUGGUAGUUGUGGGCAGGUGCUAAGUCUUGCUGGGUAAAGCAAGUGGUAUCUCCAUAAAGCUUGUCAGCAGACAGAAGCACAAAGUGCUCUGGAAACUGCUGGUUGACGGCUUCUUUGUCUUUGGACUUAAAACAGCCAACCAACACCAGCAGAUGACAUUUUCCCUCCAAAUCAUCAUCGACUGUGGAACCUUCAUAAUGGACUUCAAGCAACUUGGAUUCUGCUCCUUUCCACUUUUCCUUCAGACUUUGGGACCUUGAUUUUAAGAUGAAAUCCAAAAUUUACUUUCAUCUAAAAAAAUUAUAUCUAGAACAUUGGACCACUAAGUAAUGGUCUAGUUCUUUUUCUUCUUAGGUCAGGUAAGACUUUGUCUUUGGUUCAGGAGUGGCUUGAAACUAGGAAUGCAACAGUUGUAGCUUAAAUCGCCUUUUCUUGACAAUCUUCUUAAGGCUUUGGUCAUCCCUGUUGUUUGUGCAUCUUAUCAAUUUUUCCAUGAAUAUGCUUCAGUCCUUGAGGAGGGUGGUGGUGAUCAUCUGGAGACUUGUCGACUCGGCAGACGUUCCGUAUACUGAGCUAGGCUGAGAGAUACGCUGUAUUUAUACCGUGGCAAUAGUGGAUUUACUCAAACUCUAAUUCUAAUAUGUUCUGAGAUACUGCAUCUUUGAUUUUAAAUGAGCAAUAAGCCUUAAUCAUCUAAAUGAAAGCCAAAAAUAAAAAGCGUGAAAUUUCUUGAAACUUUAUAACUCUUAUUCCAAAAUAAGAGUUUCAACUAUUUAAAUUAUAUUACAAAAGAACAGUAACUCUUUCAUGAUAUAAUUUUUUUUAAAUGCACACUAAUAUUUUAAAAUCUAUAUAUACACAUCCUAAACUCCACAUAGUUUUCGAUAUAAAUCAGCGAUAACAUUAAGCCCCAUAUUGUCCAGCUCUGGUCCCUUGCGGCUACCUCUGGGGGGCGCUGUGGUGUCUGGCAUUGGGGUAGUUAAGUGGUGGAUCCUUUGGGUGCUGUGAAUUGCGGGGUGGGGCCUCCAUGGAUCAGACUUGUUUUUCCGGCACGGUCUAUUGAUGCUCGAUCUGGCUGAGAUCUGGAAAAUUUAGAGGCCGGGUCAACAACCUUGGACUCUUUGCCGGCUUGGCCCCUUGUGUGGCAGGCUGUGGUACGCUGGGUGUUCUGAUACCUUUCUACCUUGGGAAGCAUUUACCUUUUCCAGCAGUUAUUUGCUACGUUGGCUUUUCUGUAGGAUCAGACCAGAUGGGCUGACUUUUGGUCCCUGCAGGUGUAGAUAAGCUUUGGGUGCCCAUGAUCCUGUCACCAGUUUACUGGUAUGUAAUUGCUAAUAAAAUGUAAUCAGGUGUUAAUGUUGUGGCUGAUCGGUAUAAAUAAUAUUUUAUGAUUUUAAAUUUUAUUAAGUGUAUUUAUAAUUUUAGUACCAGAACAUGACACAUACUGCAUAAUAUUUGGAGGUUAAAGGCUUAAUGAUCCAUGUCAGUUUACUAAAAUAAUCUUUUUGUCGCCUCUCCAGGGCUCUGUAGGACACCUUGAGAAAACUGGGUACACAUUGUAUGUCUUCUUUGUGUUUUGCAUUGUUUUUGUCUUGAAACUAAGUCACGAGCAAGUUGUACAACGCUAAUGAUAAAAUUAAUAACCUUA